AUGGCCUUUGAUGAAUUUCUGCAUCACGUAGAUGACAGCGGGGGGUUUCAGAUUUUGAUGACUACCCUUUUCAUGAUUUUAAGUAUACUGACAGCCCCUCAUGACUUUGUGGAUAACUUCACAGCAGCCAUCCCUGCUCGCCGCUGCCGUGUCCAUCUUGACAAUCCCAAAUCUGAUAUUAAUAUCACCAUAAACCUGACGAUGGAAGCCUUGGUAAGAGUUUCCAUCCCAAUGGGCCCAGAUCAGAAACCUGAGCAAUGCCGUCGGUUCAGCCAGCUGCAGUGGCAACUUCUAGAUCCUGAUGCACCAGUUAUCAACAACACUGAGCUGGAGACAGAGCCAUGCCUGGAUGGGUGGACAUGUGACCACAGUGUUUUCACUUCUACCAUUGUCACUGAAUGGGAUUUAGUAUGUGAUUUUCAAUCAUUCAAAUACUACGUGCAAGCCAUCUCCUUUGCAGGGCUUUUGAUGGGUACUGCUGUGAGUGGACUUGUUUCCGACAGGUUUGGAAGAAAGCCACUGUUGGUGUCUUAUUAACUAGCUUAUGUGAUCCUGGGUACCUGCUGUACGUUUGCCCCCAUCUUCUCCCUUUAUUGUGUUCUGAGAUUCCCAUUAUCCACCUCUGUGGGUGCUUUUCAAAACAACUCACUUACCCUUGUUUUAGAACUAACUUCACAAAAGUGUCAUUCCAUGGUUAUAAUACUCUUAGGACUGGCAGUCAGUGCUGGGCAGGCCAUGCUUGGAGGACUAGCUUAUUUGCUCCCAGAAUGGCACAAGCUCCAACUAGCCCUUGUUUUGCCCUGCUUCAUUUUCUCCUGUUUCCUCUGUUGGGUACCAGAAUCAAUCCGGUGGCUCAUGGUCAAUGGGAAAAGAAAGCAAGCCCUAAAGGAACUCCAGGGAAUUACCUCUAUCAGUGGGAAGAAAGAUGUCACACAAAAUCUAACUACUGAGAUUCUUCAAUUAAAUAUUAAAGAAGAUAUGAAUGCACCUAGAAACCAGUUUAGAAUAAAAGACAUCUUUAUUAAUCCUACAGUGCGCAAAACGGUGCUUUGUACAUCCGGUAUGGUUUUUGCAGAAUUUUUCAGCGUUUAUGGCCUCUUGCUGGAUAUUCAGACUUUGGGGAAGGACAUAUUCCUGACCCAGUUUCUCCUAGGCAUGAUAGACAUGCCCAGCAAAACAUUAACCUUCUUUGUGUUAAGACACGUACAACGUUGUCCUUCUGUGGCCUUUUUGCUCCUUACUCUUGGAAGUUGUAUUAUACUAACAAUAGCUCUUCCACAUGAGAUGCAUGUUCUGCGCCUCCUUAUUUUUCUCUUGGGAAAAGCGUCCUUCUCAGCUUUUACUGCCGUAAUGAUAGUCUUCAGCAGUGAGCUCUCACCCACAGUCCUCAGGUCAACACUACAAGCUAUUGUUAUUGCUGUGUCCAGAAGUGCAACAAUAUUUUCUGCAUUAACACUAUCUAGAAGAUAUUUUGUGCAUCUUCCUAUGAUUCUCUAUGGGGUGUUACCCAUAGUAGCCACAAUAAAUAUCUACUUUAUGCCAGAGACCUUUAAUCUUCCACUUAGUGACACCAUCAAGGACAUGGAGAAAAGGGAUAGGUUGAUGAACAAAAGUAUCAGUGAAAAACAAAAGCAAGACCUCUUGGAAACCACUGAGUGCUAA